AUGCUACGGAACAAAGCUGCAACAUCAACAGCGCUCUCGCUCAACUGGACCCAUCCCAGAUACUUCCACAAUUCUCACUUGGUCCUCGAGACCGCACUUCACCAGACUAGCCCGUAUAGCUUUACUCAAGUCGUCGGUUGUGAAAGUUUUGCACUGGGUAUGUUACGUGCUGGAUGUGAGCGGCUUUAUAUGUAUCGACGCGAAAUGAAGGUUGGGCGACGACCUGUGGUGAAAGCUAAGCUCGCCGUGGCAUGGCUGCUUAGUUUGGGGAAAAGUCUCUUUGCCACUCCAGCAUAUUCACUGCCUCAGUACCCUGCACACUGGGCCCUGCCGUCUCAGACGUCGGACGGUAUGGCGACCGACUGUGUACUGUACAACGCGAGAACAGUUUCCACAGACGCCGACCUGCAUGCCCUUCUCGGAGCUGCAGAGCGUAUCAAAUUUCACGUGAUUGCUCUGCAGGAGACCAAGUGCAGAAGGAUCGACGUACGACAGAUGAAUGACGGUACACUCGUCAUUCGUGAGGACAAGCUUCCGUCGCGAAAUGUAGGCGGUGUUGGUUUCGUUGUGCACCCAUCUGUCGUCCAUCUCGUCGAUUCUCAGGAGAUCCUGUCACCUCGUCUGGCCAUUCUUCGCCUCCGCCCUCUGCGCCAAAAAUCCAUCAGUAUCAUCAACUGCUAUUCACCAACAUCAGCAGCUGAUGAAUCCGAAUUGGACGCGUUUUACGAGGAGCUGGAGGAAGUAGUCCACAACGAGAAGUCCUUUUACAAAUUCGUUGUCGGAGACUUCAACGCAAAACUAGGAAAGGCCACAGAAGAGGAAUACAGGAUUGGAACAUUUGGACUAGGGGACCGGAAUGAAAAUAGCAAUCGUCUCGCUGGGCUGUUGUCCGCCGCUCGCCUCUUUCAUGGGAACUCUCUUUUCAUGAAAAAAGAUCAUCGUCGUGGUUCUGAUCACCGUCUCCUUCGUGCGAAAAUACGACUUAGCCACACGAUCGAAAAGAACAUCUGCUAUCGGCAACGAAGGAGAAAAGAAGUCGUCUACGACGAUUGCGUACUCGAGGACUCCCUGUCCCAAGGUGACUGGCACAUCGAAGAGGACCCAAACGUGGACUACGAGAUGCUGCUCAGAGGAUUACGAGCCUCUGCUGAACGUGCCUCGAAGUCGCGCACGAUAAACUUGGAUCGAAUUUCGAAGACCACCAAGGAAUUGUUAGGAAGAAGAAGGGCUUUGAGGCUUGAUCCGAAUGCAUCGCACAUUGAGCGGUUAGUAGCAAACACUAGCUGCAGAAAAGCGUUGCAGGAGGAUCUUUUGAAGUACAGGCAGAAGAAGAUUCUAGAAGCAGCACAAAGAAGAACGAGUCUAAAGAAGUGCCGCAGGGAUCUCCGCGAAUAUAAUAUUCCGCUAGCAACCUUGCUGAGCGAAGACGGGACUCGCAUGUCUUCUCGUCGUGAGAUGGAAAUCAUUACGGAGAGGUUCUACUCGAACCUUUUCCGUUCAUCAACUCCUUUGUCAAGCCCAAUCAUCCCCACUGGCGAAGCUCCACAACGGAUUCUCCCUUCGGAAGUACGAGUCGCUAUCAAGAGCAUGAAACCUGGCACAGCCCCCGGACCUGAUUUUAUAUCAGCAGACUUUCUUCGGGCUGGUGGCCAUCCGCUUCAUGUAAUCUUAGCAGCGCACAUGACAUCCUAUCUUCAGAAAGAAAGGAUCCCAGACCAGUGGAAGACCUCGCGAACCGUUCUUAUCCAUAAGAAAGGUGACCGAGAGGACCUUCGGAACUACCGUCCGAUAUGCUUGCUGAGCGUGUUAUACAAAGUAUUCACCAAGAUCAUCCUCAUACACAUAUCCAGGACGCUGGAUGAAGCCCAGCCUCAAGAACAAGCUGGAUUCCGCCAAGGGUUCAGCUGCUUGGACCACAUCCAGACCGUGUCGAGAAUCAUAGAGGUUUGCCGGGAAUACCCCCUGCCCCUUGUCCUAACCUUCUUCGACUAUGGGAAAGCCUUUGACAGCGUAGAAACGAAUGCAAUACUGUCAGCGCUGGUCGAUCAAGGUGUGGACACUUCGUAUGUGAGGACAUUAGCCAAUCGCUACGAUCGAUGCACGACUAGGAUACAGCUUUUCCACCGCCCUCUCACCAUACCCCUUGGAAAGGGGGUACGACAAGACGAUACUAGAUCGCCAAAGCUGUUCACGGCUGCAUUGCAAUGGAUAAUGAAAUCACUUUCCUGGGAAGAAAGGGGCAUACGUGUUGAUGGAAGAUUUCUCUCGAACCUUCUUUCGCGAACGACAUCGUUCUCUUUUCGAGCAGUACCAAUGAAGCAGAAACGAUGCUCAAAGAAUUGA